AUGAAAAUCGAGCAAUUCCAAAGGAUGUUGAAAGCAACCAGCGAUCAACAAUCACUUCCUACCCCGCCUGAAGAAUCGGUGCUCGAGGCCGCGGUCGACCAUGGUCUUUCACCCAAAGCGCAGUCUAACAUCCCUAUGCACGUUUACGAGCGACUUUUAGAGGUUUUCCGCCUGCGCCUAUAUUCCGUGUGGCCCAUCGUCUCGCAUGAUGAACUCAUCACCGCUCUAAGGAGCAAUCAAGAAGACUAUGAGUCGUACUCGCUUGCUGCAGCGCUGUGUGCAGCUGUCAUUGCCCAACUCCGGCUUCCUGAGCAUGUUGUGUCCUCCAGGUCCUCUUCCUCGGAGUUGGUGGCAGAAGCCCAGAGGCUGAGACAGCUUUUCGAGUAUCGAGAACAGUACUCUAUGUCGUCACUUCUGACCUCAUUUUUCCUCCAUAUCUAUUAUGCAAAUGCAGACAAACUCCGCACCGCCGGCUUCUACCUGCGAGAGACCCUCACCUACGCCCAUGGUCUCAAAUUGCAUCAGCUCGACACUUAUACCGGCAUAGACUCAAGAGAGCGUCAAUUAAGAUUGCGAGUUUACUGGAUCUUGUUUAUCUCUGAAAGAACAUAUUGUGUCCAGAAUGGCCUUCCAACCACAUUGAAGCCGAUGCACGAGUUCCCGAGCGCUGAUCCCACAGAAGGAUAUGACGCCGCCCCCGUGCCGGCAUUCAUAGGCUUGAUCCGACUCUUCACCUUCCUUGAUGGCGAUAUUCUCGAUUCUGUCCCCUCGUCAACAAGUCUAGCAUGCAAUCUUAGUGCGAAAGACAGGAUAUCGACCCUACAGCGUGAUCUCAGCUGUCAUCCGCUUAGUGAAGGCUUGAACGAGUCUCAAGGGGUGGAUAUACUGGCUACCCGGAAUUGGAUUCGAAUACUGCUUUGGCAGUAUACAAUUGCCCAUUUUGCGGUGUCUUGUCACGCCCGAGAUCAGGCAUUCUCAGCGUUGCUCCCAACGACGAUUGCACGCGACAUGCUUUCCGUUCUUGAAAAUGUGUCGUGGAAAUCCAUCCAGCCUCAUGGCUAUGGCAUGGUUAGUGGCAUUCAUAGCCUUUCUGGUUUCAGAAAUAACGUCUUGCAGGAGCUCAAGGUAUUUCGCAUCGCCGACUCCUUGUUGGACGUUCUCCUUUGCGCCCCUCCCUCACCUGGAACGCGAGGCCUUUUGAUGGACUCAAGGCACGCGCUGCAUCUCCUAGAGAAAGUGCUCGUUGACGUAGGAGGGACCGAAUCACAAUUCUUGGCCACGUUGCGAAAACGGAUGGUCGAGUCACAACUCCCGGUGCAAAACACUUUGGAAAAUGACCUACAACUUUCAAGGCAUUUGGAAACGGACGGCAACAAGAAGCCCAUGGAUGGGCCGGGUCCUGUUAGCAAUGAGUAG